GUCACGUGUCCAAACAGGAAAUAAAAACGACAAUCAAUGUGAGUAAAUUUGUAAAUUCACGCGAAUCCUAUUUCCCCCAUACAACAAAAUUAUGUUAUCUCCCGGGACAAACAUUUUAAAUGGGUAAACAAGUGCAUUUAUCACGAUAUAACCAAGAAUCGCUGCGUCUCGUCGCAGUUUUUAGGAGCUGUCAAAAACGAGCCGAUUGCACCGUUUGCUGGAACACGCAUUGUUCAUGAACAUGGAAGCGCAGACUAUCGACUAUCUUACACCUGUAAAUUAGCCAGAACGCCAAAGGGCAGGGGCCAGGGCGAGCAGGAUGCCGGCAGACGUGGAGUACAGCCCCGUGGGAAAGGGGCUUGAGAUGCAGGAGUCGCGGCUGUACGUGUGGAUGCGCAGAGUGGCGGUGAUCGCGGCACAUGCCACCGGACUGGGCUUGGUCGUAACCAUCUUCGUGCUCUCCAGACCCGGAACAAGCUUGUUUUCAUGGCAUCCAGUCUGCAUGUCAGUGGCUUACUGGCUGUGUUUGACAGAAGGCCUGCUUUUGUUUGGGGAGGGAUCCCUUUAUUGCUGUAAAUCUCGUAGCCAUAAAGUUUGUAUGCACUUGUGUUGUCAGGCUGCAGAGCUGGUCUUCGCAAUCACCGGCCUGGGCUUCAUGGUGGCUAGUAAAAACCGCUCCGAACUGCCUCAUCUGGUCUCAUGGCACAGUGUGCUAGGACUGUGCACUCUGGUGGUCACGGCUCUUCAGGCUGCCUGUGGGUUGUGUGUGCACUUCCCUAAACAGCAGCAGAUUUUAUUAUAUCCCUCUAAACUCAAAUUGUACCAUACCACUUUAGGGCUUGUGGUCUACUUUCUUGCCACAGUCACAAUUCUAUCAGCCAUGUUCUCCGACUGGUUUCAGGCCACAGUGAGAGGAGUGGGCUGGUGGGCUUUGCUCCUGUUGCCCCUGCUCCCUGCUUUGGUUGUUAUGAACCAAAUUAUUAAUUCACAUCUACCCCACAAGAAGAUAACCAUCUAAGACUGCGUUGCAAUGCUCACAUAUGGAAAAUAACUGUCCUGGUUUAGUUUUUAGUUUUCAUGGUACUUCCAGAUUUAUUUUGAGCAAACUUUUGCCCGGAGACAAAGAUGCAUUUAGAUGUGAUUGGAACAAUCCAACAAUGUUUUUUAAUCAAAGUUCAAGUGUUUUUUAAGAACCUGCUUUGGUUGGCAUUUAAAAAAAUCUUUUUUGCAAUAUUUCUUUAAAAAAUUGUAGAUUUGUGUUUCUUUUCGGAGGGCUAUUAUAUUUUUAUUAAAAAUAAAAUGCC